AUGUCUUCACAGUUAUCCAAUACAUCCUUUAAAUUCGUCGCACUGGGUGCCGGUAAUGAAGUUGGCCGGUCGUGUCAUAUCCUCAGUUAUAAAGGUAAGACCAUUAUGUUAGAUGCAGGUGUCCAUCCAGCCUAUCAAGGGAUGGCCUCUCUCCCCUUUUAUGAUGAUUAUGACCUUUCUACAGUUGAUAUCUUACUGAUAUCUCAUUUUCAUUUGGAUCAUGCAGCUUCAUUACCUUAUGUGAUGCAGAGGACAAAUUUUAAAGGCAGAGUAUUUAUGACACAUCCUACAAAAGCAAUAUAUAGGUGGUUGCUAAGGGAUUUUGUUCGUGUUACAAGUAUUGGAGAAAAUAGUAUACUCGAUAAAGAUGACAACUUGUAUACAGACGAAGAUCUGGUGGAAUCAUUUGAUAGAAUUGAAACAAUUGAUUUUCAUUCUACCGUGGAGGCAAACGGGAUAAAAUUCACUGCUUUCCAUGCAGGUCAUGUUCUAGGUGCAGCUAUGUUUCAAAUCGAAAUUGCUGGUUUGAAGGUAUUAUUUACAGGUGAUUAUUCCAGAGAAUUAGAUAGACAUUUAAAUUCUGCUGAGGUACCUCCGUUACCUUCAGAUGUUUUGAUCGUUGAAUCUACGUUUGGUACAGCAACUCACGAGCCUAGACUCAAUAGAGAAAAGAAAUUAACACAGAUAAUACAUUCGACGGUUGCUAAAGGUGGUAGAGUAUUAAUGCCUGUGUUCGCGCUGGGGAGAGCUCAAGAGUUGAUGUUGAUCCUAGAGGAAUACUGGACACAGCAUGCGGAGGAACUUGCAAGUAACCAAGUCCCUAUUUACUAUGCUUCAGAUUUGGCUAGAAAAUGUAUGAACGUCUUCCAAACGUACGUGAACAUGAUGAAUGAUGAUAUUAGAAAGAAAUUUAGGGAUUCGCAAACCAACCCAUUUAUAUUCAAACAUAUUUCGUACCUAAAGAACCUUGAUGAAUUCCAGGAUUUUGGUCCAAGUGUUAUGCUAGCGUCUCCUGGUAUGUUACAAAGUGGUAUAUCGCGAGAUUUGUUAGAGAAGUGGUGUCCUGAAGAGAAGAACCUGGUUUUAAUUACUGGUUAUUCCGUCGAGGGCACUAUGGCGAAAUAUAUCAUGUUAGAACCGGAUACUAUCCCAUCUGUUAAUAAUCCUGAUCUUACAAUACCCAGACGUUGUCAAGUUGAGGAAAUCUCCUUUGCUGCACAUGUCGACUUUCAGGAAAACCUUGAAUUUAUCGAAAAAAUUAAUGCGACAAACAUCAUUCUUGUUCAUGGUGAAUCAAACCCAAUGGGUCGUUUGAAAUCAGCAUUAUUAUCUAAUUUUGCAUCAUUAAAAGGUACGCCUGAAGAAGUUCAUGUCUACAACCCUAGAAAUAGUGUAGAUGUUGUCCUAGAAUAUAAAGGUGUAAAGGUUGCUAAGGCAUUAGGAAACAUCGUUGAUGAAAUACAAAGAGAGGGUGUGGACAGUCUAAUACCGGAAGAAUCUUCGGAAGAAGAAAUGAAAUUAGAGGGUACUGAGGACAAAGAAGAUAGUACAACCAAUCAAAACAAACAGGACGAUAUUGUAGUGUCUGGUAUACUGGUAUCUGACGAAAAGAAUUUUGAUUUAAACCUGGUGUCAUUGACAGAUUUGAGGGAGCAUCACACAGAAUUAUCAAGCACUAUUCUAAAAGAGAGGCAGAUGAUAUCCGUAAAUUGUAAGCCGGAAUUAAUUUAUUGGCAUAUUUGUCAAAUGUAUGGUGAUGUAACUAUCCUAGAGGAUUCUGAGAAUGUGACGAUGCAAAUAAAAAAGGAGUCUAAAGAAGAUAAUGUAGACACUCCAGAGAAUAGUGGACAAAUUCUAACCCUCCAAAUUAUGGGGGAUAUUAAAAUAUUUAUUAAGGAUAGCGUUGUUACAGUUGAAUGGACGCAAGAUUUGAUCAGUGAUACAGUAGCAGAUUCUAUUAUUGCAAUUCUAAUGAGUGUAGAUUCAGCACCAGCAAGUGUGAAAAUGAGUAGCAAGACAUGUUCUCAUGAUCAUGAUAACGAUGAACACUUGGAAGAACUAGAAUCAGAAAAGAUUGAAGCUUGGAAGGUCAAGCAAGUUGUGGAACUCUUCCAUGAGCACUUCGGUGAGACCUUCGAACUUGCGAUGGACGAUAAGGAAACUAUUAAGGGCAAAAUUACUAUGGGUAAAAAUAAUGCAGAGAUUAAUUUUUCAGAAAUGAAGAUUGGGGAGUGUAAUUCUAAUCCUUUGAAAGGUAGGGUUGAAAGUAUAUUAAAUAUUGGUGCAGAUUUAGUUGCAACUCUCUGUUGA